UUAUUCAGUUAGUUUCCAUGCAGAGACUUAACGAACGAGAUGCGAAUUUUUUGGAUUGCAGCUAUAUCGUUCUCGUGGCAAUUUUCAGACGCCUUUUAUUAUAUGCCCAAAUUCCUUUGCAUUCCACCAUAUGUGGCCAUUAAUGGAAGCUGCCUGAUUCCUACCCCCACAGAACCCACGAUCCUGCCCUGUUUGAAGAACCUUCAAAACAGAACGGUGUUUCCGGAAAAUCGUGAAGUAGUUACCGUUAGUCCCCCGAAUUUAAUACCCGAAGAUGGUGCUACUAUCGGAGAAAGCCCUUCUAAAGAUAAAAAGCCUUAUAUUCCUAUCAACGUACCAGUAAAGCCUAUUUCGGAAAAUUCCCCAAUAAAUCAAAUACCUCAGGAAGCAGGAGCAGGAGUUGAAGGCGAUAAGACAAACGAAGAUUUAAAUCCGGCUGUUCCGGAUGCAAAUAAAGUGCCUACUGAGAGUUCGGAAAAUACCUUAGAUACGGAGUCCAAUGACAACAAUAUUGGUAAACCCGAAGACUCCGAUCAAAACGAAAGUAAUCCGGAUAGUAUAACACCGAGUAAACAAGAAAAUUCGACCCUAAUUUCAACAAGUCCUGGACAAGAAACAAAUGAAAGCAAUCUUCCGAAAAAAGGAUCUAAUACAGACAGUAAAUUAAAACCGCCAAUUUCGGAAGAUUCCCAAAUAAAUAAUAUACCCCCGGAAGAAGGAUCAUUUGAAGGUGAUAAUACAAACAAAGAUUUAAAUCCGACCGUUCCUGAAGAGAGCAAAGUGCCUACUGAAAGUUCAGAAAAUAACUUAGAUUCGGAAUCCAAUGACAACUAUGUUGGUAAACCCGAAGACUCCGAUCAAAACGAAAGUAAUCCGGAUAUUAUAACACCGAGUAAACUUGAAAACUCGAGCAUGAUUUCAACAAACCAUGGACAAGAAACAAAUGAAAGCAACCUUCCAGAAAAUGGAUCUAGUUCAGGCAGUAAAUUAAAGCCGCCUAUUCCGGAAAAUUCCCAAAUAAAUCAAACAUCUCCGGAAGCAGGAGCAGGAGUUGAUAGCGAUAAAACAGACGAAGAUGUAAAUUCGACCGUUCCCGAUGCAAAUAAAGUGCCUACUGAAAGUUCAGAAAAUAUCUUAGAUUCGGAAUUCAAUGACAACAAUAUUGGUAAACCCGAAGACUCCAAUCAAAACGAAAGUAAUCAGGAUAUUAUAACACCGAGUAAACAUGGAAAUUCGAGCCAAAUUUCAACAAACCCUGGACAAGAAACAAAUGCACAAACAAACAAACCUGUAACAAACAAAGAUCCUGUAAAUGGGUCUAAUGCAAGCAGCAUAUUAAAACCGCCUAUUUCGAAAAAUGCCCAAAUAAAUCAAAUACCUACGGAAUCAGGAGCAGUUGAAGGUGAUAAGACAAACAAAGAUUUAAAUCUGGAUGUUCCUUAUGUAAAUAAAUUGAGUUCAAAAAACACUAUAAAUUCGGAGCCCAACAAUACGAAUAUUAGUAAACCCGAAGACUCCGACCAAAACGAAAAUAAUCCCAAUAUCAUUACACCGAAUAAACCUGUGAAUUCGAGCGUAACUUUAACCAAUUCUGGACAAGAAACAUAUGGAAUCAGAGAUCCUGUAAAUGGAUCGAAUGCAAGCAGCAUACAGAAUGUUUCGAAACCAAGAAAGCUUGAUGGUAAAAAUAUUGAAAGUAACCUAGCCGUAGGAAACGAUAUUAAGCCUGGAAACAUUAAUCCGAAAAAAGAAAACACAAUAGUUUCGUCAAUUUCGGAAAAUCCUACAAUAAACAUAACUGGUGAUUUACUUCCCGAAAACAUGGAAAGUCCAACAAAGCUAUCAAGUGUUUCCUUAGCUAAGAUACCUAGUACAAGACCUACAAUUUCUCAACCUCCUAAGAAGGGAAUUAGUAUUUUGCCGCCCAAAAUGCCCCCAAGAAUUUACUAUGAUUUGAAUCCUCCAAAAUCCAAAAUACCUUCGAUUUCAGGAGCAGAUGCUGGUGUUCUUCCGAUAAGUCCAUCAAUUCCCGAUACAGAUAAAAUAAGCAGUGGUAUCUUACCAUCAGAAAUACCUUCGAUUUCAGAAACAGAUGCUGGCUUUCUUCCGAUAAGUCCUUCAAUUCCUGAUACAGAUAAAAUAAGCAGUGGCAUCUUACCAUCUGAAAUACCAAUACAAACAGCUUUACCCGGUGAUUUAAAUCCUUCAAAAGAUCCUUCGAUGCCCGAAAUGGGUCCAGUGAGGGAUCCUUCAAUUCCUGACACAGAAAAUUUGAUUAAAAACACAUUGCCAUCCGAAGGGCUGUCAAAAAUUGUCUCACUCGGAGAUUUGCAUACACCGAUAAUUCCUGAUACUAAUGAAGUUAUAAAUGGUUUAUUACCAUCCGAACGUCCGAAUCAAAUACCAUCGUCUGGGAAUACGGGUCAUCCAAAUACACACCAAAUAACUGGAGUAGUAUCUGCAACUAAGCCAGUAGUUCCUGCUCUUCCUGGCACACAUAAUUUGGUGCCUGUGCCCAAACAGCCAAUACUGCCAAAGAUUCCAGAGGCGGAUCAUUCGAUAAAUGAAGAACAUUUGAACGCUAAACCACAAUCACCUAAAAUUCACAUACCCGGGGCGCCGAAGAUAAUUGAUCCCAAAAUUCAUAUUCCUAAGUCCAAAGAGCCCAUACUACCAAAGAUUCCUGAAACGGAUCAUUUGAUAAAUGAAGAAGAUUUGAUCGGUAAACCACAAUCACCCAAAAUUCACACACCCGAGGCGCCGAAGAUAAUUGAUCCCAAAAUUCAUAUUCCUGAAUCCAAAGAGCCAAUACUACCAAAGAUUUCUGAAACGGAUCAUUUAAUAAAUGUAAAAGAUUUGAUCGCUAAACCACAAUCACCCAAAAUUCACAUACCCGAGACGCCGAAGAUAAUUGAGCCCAAAAUUCAGAUUCCCGAGGAUCCAAAAAUGCCCAAAUUAAUUAGACCUGAAGACCUAUAUCCGAAAGAUAUAAAUAUCUAUGAUCUUUUGCCCAAGGACAUGUUUGCCUAAAGCCUUAUUUUCACCGGUGCUUAAAAGUUAAUAUACUUUUGAAAAAUCACACCGGGCUUAGUUGCGCAUUGAGGAGAAGAAUAAAUGAAUAUUCAAAUGAUUUAUUUGAAUUUUACCAUAUCCCUCGGUAAUAA